UAAAAUUAUUUAUUUUAAAUAAAAAACCCAUGCCGAUCAUGCGGCUCAAAUCUGGCCUUCAUUGUUCUGGGCAUCGGUGCUCUCUUUGCUGCCUUCUUUCACCUGGGAACCUCCGAGGGACAACAUCCCAGAGCAGGACAGGAGGCCGACGGGGAGCGGAGUCCCUUGUUACCUUCCUCUAACGCUGCUUCACACUUUCUGCAGUGGAAGUGUUGGCUCAAGCAGCCUUCCUUCUACCAGGUGGCCUUACUCUAUAUGUCCACCAGGUUAAUCGUGAAUCUCUCUCAGACUUACAUCUCCAUGUAUCUCAUCAACACGCUGGGACUGCCCAAGAAUUUCAUUGCUACCAUUCCAUUGGUCAUGUACGUCAGUGGGUUUGUGUCAUCUUUCAUUAUGAAGCCCGUCAGCAAACGCAUAGGAAAAUGUCUCACCUACUUCGUGGGCCUGCUGCUGAUCAUGGCCUUCUCAUACUGGGUGCUGGUGGACGACCGGAUGGGUCAGCAAGUGUACGGGGCCGCAGUGCUGCUGGGGGUCGGCUCGGCCACCAUACUGGUCAUAUCGCUCGCCAUGACAGCUGACCUCAUCGCAGAUCAGACGCAAAGUGGUGCGUUUGUGUACGGAGCCAUGAGUUUCACUGAUAAGUUGGCCAAUGGAGUCGCUGUGAUGAUGAUUCAGGCCCUGCAUCCCUGCCAUACAGUGGUGUGCUGCCCGGCCUGCGUGUGGUUUUACCACCAUGUUAUGGUUGCAGUAACUGGAGGCGUGGCGGUCGUUGCAGCAUUGGCUCUCUGCUCCAUUCUCAUCUGGCCAAUCAAAAUCAGAUCAAGGGAUGUACAAAUAACCCCUGCAGAGGUGACAGGAGUCAAUUGACAGGUUCCAGGCUUCUGAUUCCGUGCAACAUAAUGGAGGACAACAAACUGUGGUCUAAGGGGCCUCCACAGUUGUUAUUUUUUUAUAUUUGAUUUACUUUUUCAGGGGAAUAUCAUAGAAAUGUGCUCAAAGUUUACAACAACUACUGACAACUAUAGGAACAAAGAAGGGAGAUUAUUAUUUAAAGCGGUAUCUGGUGAUGUCUGACAUUUAGUUUUCUCGAAUCAUUAUCAUUCAUGACGCCAGUUAUCGAGCACAGAGGAAGGAAAGAAGUCAGUCUUCAUUCAGGCUAAGCUAAUGGCUAGCCAAUCAAGUGGCUAUUGAUAAUUUUUGUCCCCCGUUGCAAAGAGGGGACUUGGAAAUACACUCAACUUGAAAAAUAGGUGACGUACUGACUUCCAUUUUGGUG